AUGCGCGCGUUCUGGAGACGGUUUCGCGACGAGGCGCGAUCGAGCGCGACGUCGAUCGCUCGCGUCGCCGUGGUCGUCACCGCGGUGAAGACGUACGUGGCGGAUCUCACGCUGUGCGUCGGGCCGAGCAUGAUGCCGACGUUUAACCCGAUCGGGGACGUGGUGGUGGUGGAGCGAGCGAGCGCGCUCGCGGGACGGCCCACGCGACGCGGGGACGUCGUGCUCGCGACGUCGCCGACGAAUCCCGAGCAGUUGGUGUUUAAGCGCGCGGUGGGGCUGGGUGGAGACGUGAUCGACGUUCCGGUGUCGAGGGGGAGGAAUUUCAGAAUGACGACGCGGCGCGUGCGCGUGCCGCUGGGAAGCGUGUGGUUACAGGGUGAUAACGCCCGAAAUAGCACCGACAGUCGCGAUUACGGACCGGUUCCAGAGACCAUGUUGCGAGGUCGAGCUUUUGUUCGAAUCUGGCCCAUCUCGGGGUUUGGAUUCGUCGAGAACUCGAUGCGAGACGUCGUACUGGUGUCCUCGCGAACGGAGUAG